GCUGGUGGCCACCCACCUUCAAACCGAAGAAGAACGCCGCUUCCAGCCGUUUAGAUGUUGGUAGCCGUGUCAGUUUAAAUGUUAUUUGUAUCUCUGCUCCCUUUUCACCGAACAAACGGAAAAUAAAACACACAUACCACUUUAUUGACCUGAAAAGCCACAGUAAUCUGCAGACAUGGGGGCCUUGAUAUCCCGAUGGAAGACUAAACCAACUACAGUUGAGCGGCUGGAGAGUCUGGACAAGGAGAUAAAAGACCUGGAGGAGUUCAGAGCCAAAAACCAGCGUCUACAAAAACUCUGGGUUGGCGGCCUGCUCCUCUACUCGUCCGCCUUGUACCUGUGUACCUCUUUCAUCGUCUACUGUCUCUACCUGCCUGAUGAGUGGCUGCAGAGAUUAGCCAUGGCCCUGCCUUUCUUCUUGUACCCUGUGCUUGUGUGGCUCAUCAGGAAGCUUUUGAUUUUCCUCUUUUCCAAACGCACUGAAAGAAACAAUGAUAAACUUGAGGACUUAAAAGCCACUAAGAAAAAGAUUUUAGAGGAAGUGAUGGAAACCGAGACGUACAAAAACGCCAAACUCAUCCUGGAACGCUUCGAUCCGGAAACUAAAAAGAAAGCUGAACUGGAGUCGACACCAGUGCGAUCUCCAGUGGCCCCUGGUCCAGGUCAAGAAAUACGCCAGAGGGGUGUAGCAAUGAGACCCAUGCCGUUGGGAACCCCAGCUGGAAUGAUGACCCCCCCACCUGGAGAACGGCCGAUGAUGGGGCCAGGGGGGACGCCUAUGGCUCCAGGAGGACCUCCGGAGAAAUCCACGCCUAAUGCUCCUGUUCUCCACGGUGCGGUACCCAGAACUCCCUGUUCCCCUAUUCCAAGCAUAGGUUUGCAUCCCCCAGGCCCCCCGUUAGCGAGACCCAUCCUGCCCAAAGACAGAGGAGCGGUGGACAGAGUCAUUGAAUAUCUGGUGGGAGACGGACCACAGAACAGAUACGCGCUGAUCUGCCAGCAGUGCUUCUCUCAUAACGGCAUGGCUCUCAAGGAAGAGUUUGAAUAUCUGGUGUUUCGUUGUGCCUACUGCUACUUCCUGAACCCAGCCAGGAAGACCCGCCCUCAGGCUCCCCGACUCCCUGAGUUCAGCUACGAGAGGAGGCUCAGAGCAGAGUCUCGUUCCUCCAGACCGGCGCCACGCUCUGGGACAGACACAGAGGAGAGUGCUCCCCCUUCUGGAGCCAAAACUCAGACUCCAUGGAAUUUGGUCCACAGUUUCUCCAGUUUCCAGAUCCAACAGAGUCCAAAGAAUCCUUCGAAUCGAUCCCUGCAGAGUCCAGAUGAGAAGGAAGCAGGAGAAGAUGGAAGCGCCACCAAAGAUGUAGAGAUGGAGAGUCAGACGGAGGACCAGCAGCAGCUGGAGCAGGAAGCGGAGGAGGAAUUAGGGCGGUGUCCCAAAACUUCCUGUGAGACAGAACCUGUGUUGUCGUAGUUCAGAGUCCAGAGAAGAAGAAAAAAGGUGAAAGUUGUGUCAGAUAAACACCAUGAUGGACGGUGCCAUUCAAAAGCAGCGCUGAUGGAAACUACUGUAACUCACAAAAGUCGUCCACCGGUUCUGCCUUAAAUCACCUUAAAGCAUGGUGUCAGGGGAAGGUUUAGUUGUAAUCUACAAUCCUUGAUUUUGCUUUAUAGGCAUAAGGUUUACACUAUAAGGUUAUUUUAGGUUUAAAGCACAUGAAUUAUUAAUGAAAACCAAUUAGUUUGUCCUCUAAUACAGAUUUCAGCCACUGCCUAGAAUGUUGCUACCAUUUCAUCAUCCAUACAAAGCUUCUAAAGACAAACACCACCAAGUAGCACGAUGGUUUUUACAGUAUUUUCAUCAUUCUUUAGGUUUCACGGUGCUGCAGUGGAGCUUCUCAUGUAGUAGUUUAGCCUAGCAUUUUAGCUUUCCAACUAGCAUAAAUUAGCGUGUGCAGAUGAAUUUUUUUCUGCUGAAUAUUAAAGGUUUUGACACCAGAUUAACUCAGAGACAUGAAGAAUGCGGUCCUAAAACCUGAACGUGAAGAUGAAUCCAUCUGCAGAAAGACGAGGUAAACGACAACGGGUACUCUACUUGUUUGUUUUUAUUAUUUGUUUUUAUUUUUUAUUGUGGGCUACCAUUAAACCAUGUGAGGAAUUGUAUAAGUUAAUGACAUUAAAAUUCUAUGUUUACUCUAGAAUUUAUAUUAUUUCUAAGACGCUUCCCCAAAAUUUAACAAAGACUGAAAACACUCUAAAAGUAUUUAUUGUUUUAAAAGGCUGCUUAUUUGUGGAAAAGGCUUCAGAUCAGUGGCUCAACAAUUGACACUGAAAUAAGGAAAACUAUUACACACCUCUGCACAGAAAUAAGCAGAUUUAGAGGAAGUUAGUUUGAUUAAGAGCUGAAAGCUGUGGUUUUAUCUGGUUUUUAAUUCUGGCUGAUGUUAACGAGCUGCAGAAACUAUGAAGGUGAAGCUAAAUGUCUUGUGUUUGGCAAAACUGAAACUGAAGCUAACAAUUUUACUUCUGUUCUUCAAAGGAGCCAUAUCAUGGACAAUCUACCUUUUGGAGCUUUUUAUCAUGUAAUAUUGUCAUUUCCUCAUGAAAAAUACCCUCAAACUGGCUGCAUUUGUGCAUUUUCCUGUCUCAGCUGCAAGUUUUCAGAUUUUUGGGAAAAGUCUGCAGAAGCCCAGAUCAGGGUUACUCAACCCUGGUCCUCAGCGCCCCCUGUCCUUCAUGUUUUCCGUGUUGUCCUUUCAAACACUAGUGUUUCUCUACUGUCACACACCUGACUCAAAUUAAUGACUGAUUAACGUGUUUCUGCAGCACUUGAUGUCCUCCUGAGGAGGCUAUUCAAAUAUGUAAAUCAGGUGUGCUUGAAGCAGACACAACAUGCAGGACAGGGGGACGCUGAGGACCAGGGCUGAGAAACCCUGGCCUAGACGGAAACUAGAGCCUGCCGCACACGAGAGCAAACUGCUGAGCAAAUGGCCUCGAAUCACCAUUUGCUCAGCAGAUACCUCACUGUGCACACCUGAUUUUCACUGAGUUUUCUGCCUCACGGGGGGUAAAAACUCACCGUGUGUGCACUACGUGAGUUUAUUUAGUCAGUGUGCGUCUAUGUGAGGUGAGCUGAGUAAAUCAACUCAAAUGCUGCUUGGAAAUGACCAAAUUCAAAGAUCUUUAGAGGUAUAUAUAUAUCUCUAUAUAUAUAGAUAUAUAUAUAGAUAUAUAUAUAUAGAUAUAUAUAUAUAUAAGGAAAGCUAACUAAAUACAUUACUGCAGACACAGGGAGUUGAACCGGUGUCAGGACAUGGCAAAACAUGAAAGGGUUAUGUGUAGGAAAUUUCAUCAUCACCAAUAGAGCAAUUGACUUGCCUAAGAUGCUGUUGUAGGGGUAUUUGGUUGGAGUGGGUGUGGGCAGAGCUUCACUAAAACAGACCAAUUCAUUUCCAGGUACAAAUUCAGGCUGACAAAAAUAACUAAUAUUUAAGAUUCAAUGACAUCUCGGUAGUGCCAGUGGUAACAUUUUAUCAUAUAUUAUUCCUGCCCUUGCUCUCAAAGAUGUAAAAUAGCAUGAUAUGGCUCCUUAAGGAAAACUGUUUGCCAAAAUCCAUGUUGUUUUCUGUUUUUUGGGAUUUUAUAGUCUCUAUUUAUUUAUUUGGCCCGAUUGUGUUCUAAAGUCUACUUGCACUGUUUGGAGUGGUAACGUAUUAACUUUUUAAUUUUUAAGUAAAUAUCUGAUUUGUAUUCUGCAGCCUUGAUGUUGGUAAACAUUAGAAUGGGAUUGAGUCUAUAAAGACUCUUCUAGUGCUGACAUUCAUUCCAGAUGUUUCCUGUAGGUAUUUGGUGCCAACAUGAUGUGUGCCUUGGUACGUCUGCCUGUUUACAGUCCAACAGUUUUUGUUUAGUUGCUGUGUGGAAAAUAUGAAUGAAUUUAGCCUGAGCUAGUAGUGAGUUAGUGAAAGUCUACGCAACCAUUGGUGUUUUAACAUGUAAAGGUCUGGCAACACAUUGUGAAGCUUUUUAGGCUUUUAUUUGGAAUUUCUUUUAAAAUGGAAGAGAUAAAAGUGGGGUAUGAAGGUUUUCACUCGAUUUCCUGAAGAAUGCUGGGAUUUUUUUAAUCCACCCUUUUGAUUCAUUGUAGCUUCACAUUUGUAUUUUUAUUUCCCUUCAUCACAGCUUAGUUCCCCCCUUAAAAUGCAGUUUCUUCUGCAUGAUAUUAAUUAAAACAUUUUAUUGCUGGUCCAAUUUCUCAGGUACGUUGGUGUACAUGCUUUUUUGUGUGCUUGGCACGCCUAAUAAAGUUUUUCUGCAACAGACGGGCAA